AAUAUAGCACCCUUAGUAAGAGAGGUAACUAAUUAAAUGGUGCCUUCAGCGACUGGAGGCCCUAUGCAGUGUGUGUAAUCUUCAUAUAGGUCUAACCCUCCUGAAUGGGAACGAAUCCCCUUUUUUUGUUGCUUACACACAAUCACCAUUAUUGCACUUUUGUGACGGUCCCUAAACCACGGAGCGCAAGAAAACAGUAUAUUGCCUCCUUUUUGGCUCUGUUAAGGGAAGAUUUCGACUACCGGUAAAAACAAAAGAUGUACCUUGCUCUCUACCAUAAUCUGAUUCUAGAUAUAUCACUCUGAUCAUCCUAUGACAUUCUAUCGGAGAGCUAUUGACGAGCAAACUCUGAAUAUAACAAAUUUACUGCUGUCUAUUGAUGACGGAGGACUGUUUCGACCUUUCUUUUCCUAAAUAAGGUUUAACUAAUGCCAUACUUAAGAGAAAAAAAAGUGUUUACUUAGAGUUAAAAGAACUGUGGACUUUGACCCGUGUCAGAACAGCAGGAGCAACAUUCACAGGAAACAAAACAGCUGCGAGGACAAUCUUUGUGGAGUUGCAAAUUGGUUUGUUGUCGCUGUCCAUGGUGCUGAUGUUCCAGGAAUGGUGGAGACGCUAAGUAUCGCCGUUAUCGGAGCUCCCGGAGUCGGGAAAACUUCCAUAAUCCGUCAAUUUAUUCAUAAUGACUUCUCAGAGGUUUACACUCCAACCAGAGACAGGUAUGUGUACAGACCCUCUGUAAUUUUGAACGGUAACAUGUACGACCUGAAGAUUUUGGAUGUCCCGCCAAUUUCGUCGUUCCCCUCCAGCUCGAGCCAGGAGUGGCUGGACCUGCGUUGCAGAGGGGUGCGUAAUGCCAAUGCUUACAUCCUGGUCUAUGACAUAUGCUGUGUGGAGAGCUUUGAGUAUGUCAAGAUGAUCCGCCAGCAGAUCGUGGAGCACAGGGAGGGCAGCAGCAGUGAGGUUCCCAUCCUGGUAGUGGGGAGUAAGAGGGACCUGCAGCGCCAGCGCUUCACCCCUCGCAGGGCUGUCUCUGUACUCGUCAAGAAGACCUGGAAGUGUGGCUAUGUGGAGUGCUCUGCCAAGUUCAACUGGCACGUGGUCCUGCUCUUCAAAGAGCUGCUGGGCAUCGCUGUGGCACGCGGCAUGAAACAUAACCACACCCCAGGGAUCCGCCUACAAGGGGCGCUGCAGAGGAACCGCUGCGCCGUCAUGUGACCCAGUGGACUCCCCCCGGUGUAGGUUGAAGUUGCCCCUAGGCACUAAUUUGGGGUCAGUUUCACUUUUCCCCCAGUGAUGGCUAAGGUUAGGGUUGAGAAAGGGGAACAUGAUCCUAGAUCUAUACCUAGGGGAGACUUCACCCCGGAACAGUUCCUCCUCACCUAUGUCAGAGCCAUAAGAGCCUCACAGUCACACCUCAGGGGGAAUAAUAGGUAUAUGGAGAAGAUGUCUUCAAUGUAAACGGCUGGAAAACACACCGAGGCCUCCUGCUUUACAGAGCUGAUUUUCUUAUGAGGUUUAUGUGACUACUGCGCUGUAGCUACUAGGACUGACCUUUGGCCCAGUAUAAGAAGUACAUCUUUAUCACCUAUCAGAACACUCCAGUUCUGUCUCAAUGUUCCUAUUGAGAGAAAGGAAGAAGAGGAAGAGGAUGAAGAAGAGGGUUUGUUUAUGGAUUUAGAGAAGUAGAGCAGCUACUUCACUUCCAUAGCUCUGGUCAAAGUUACACACACAAUUAUCACCACACCACCAGGUGUGGUACUGAGCUCCCCAGAUCACAAGGCAACAGCUCCUCAUACUGAUGGUUAUCUGCUGGUUUGAGAGCUUGGGGGACUGUGUGCAUCUAGUGGAAAUAGGUACCAUUACUAACAUGACUGGAUAUUUUCUCUCCAUAUUAGCUUAUACAUGUGAAGGAAUGCAACUUCUUUAAAAGUCUUCCUUUUUCAAACCGUGUGUGGUAGUGUCAUGUGAGGUAGAUAAAUGCCCUGGCUGUCGUACUUGAAAUUGCAUUAUUCUAAUGGCGAUAGAUGUAGAGUAGGAAAGCCUAGGUUAGAGAGGGAGUGUGGUAACUGGUAAACAUAGGUGAGUCAACAAGAUGGAUGGCCUACUCUUGGUUUACCACAUGCACAUCCUAUGUGCAGAAUAAUACGAAAUGCUCCGAGGCCAGGUUGAGUGGUACUGUAGCAGGACCAGAAACCCUUCUUAAGACAAUAUAGUCCUCCAAAACGCACACACUAAGCAGUUAACCAUUUGAUGUCUUGCAGGUCACUUUUUCAAGAAUUAAACAAACACUCACUAAUCACAGGAGGCUGCUGAGGGGAGGACGGUUCAUAAUAAUGGCUGGAAU